AUGGACUUGCUGCUGUGGAUGAACCGGACGGCACUUGAACUUGUCGGGCAGAGCGGGUUAGGCUACUCAUUCGACUCGCUCGAAGAGGACGCUGCGACACAUCGGUACAGCACAUCCGCCAAACAGCUCGUUCCUCUGCUGCUCAAACACCAGUUCCCACGGACGUACCUCCUCCCUAUCCUCGUCAAAAUCGGCUCCGCUCAGUUCAGGAGGAGAGUGCUCAACAUGCUCCCCAUCAAAACGCUCCAUAAGCUGCGCGAUAUAAUUGACACCAUGCACGGGACAUCUGUCGAGAUUCUCGAGUCCAAGAAGAAGGCGCUGGAGGAGGGAGACGAGGCGGUUGCGCAUCAGGUUGGGCAGGGGAAGGAUAUUUUGAGUAUUUUGCUUAGAGCUAAUAUGGAAGCGUCGGAGGAUGAGAAGUUGUCGGAUGAAGCUGUCCUCGCUCAGAUAUCGACGUUGAUAUUCGCUGCAAUGGAUACGACUUCCGGCGCACUCUCCCGCCUAUUUCACCUCCUAGCUACGAACCCUGACGUGCAGAGCAAGUUGCGCGCUGAGAUUGUCGAGUCUAGAAAGCGGUUUGAUGGGGAUUUGCCGUAUGAUCAAUUGGUCGCGUUACCGUAUCUUGACGCGGUCGUUCGGGAGACGCUAAGACUGUACGGACCAGUCUCCGUCGUAAUGAGAGCCACGCGAGAAGACGUCGUCCUCCCACUUUCGAAUCCCAUCACCGGGAUAAACGGUGAACAAAUACCAGAAAUAUUCAUUCCGCAGAAUACCAAGGUGAUAGUUGGAAUGCGGGCGUCAAAUACGAACGCUGAGUUAUGGGGACCUGACUCCUUCGAAUGGAAACCUGAGCGAUGGUUGAAGCCUUUGCCGAAAGGCGUUGUGGAUGCGCAUUUACCUGGGAUUUAUUCAAAUUUAAUGAGCUUCCUUGGUGGAGGCAGAUCUUGCAUUGGAUUCAAAUUCGCCCAACUAGAAAUGAAGGUCGUUCUAUCUGUCCUACUCGAAUCAAUGCAGUUCUCGCCUUCGGAUAAGAAGAUAUUUUGGCAGAUGAAUGGGAUUGCUUCGCCGACUGUGGAUCAUGUUACGAACCUUAAUAACCAGCUUCCUCUCAUUGUAGAACGUUUGAAAAAGUGA